AUGCGGAAAAAACGCCAGCCGCAGCCUCCCCGCGCCGCCCACCCGUCGCUUGCCACCUUGCGCCCCCGCGGUUGGCCGCGCCCGCGCGCCCCCGCCACCGGCCCGCCGGGCGUUGGCUCCCCACCUGCGCCCGCUUCAGACCUCGCACGCCACUUGGCGCCGCGCCCCCGUCUCCGAUUCUCCGCCACCCCGCCUAUAAAUGCGCCCCGCGCGGCACCAACCCUAGCCGCCGCCGCCGCAUCCUCCUCCUCCCGUCCUCCCGUCGACAUGGCCGGCGUCAGCGGCAAGCGCCGCUCCCCCUCCGGCGACGGAAUGUUCGCGCCGCGGCCGCAGCUCGUCACCCGGAAGCGCAGGUCCGGCGGCCGCGUCAGGAGGCCGCCGGCGACCCGACCUGCAGAUGUGCUGGAUUUGAAUAGAGCUGUUCUUGAUCCAGAUCAUCAAAUGACUGGGUUGCGAGUAGUUCUGCAGAAGGAGCUCCGAAAUAGUGACAUAAGCCAGCUUGGGAGAAUUAUUCUCCCGAAGAAAGAGGCGGAGGCGUACCUACCAAAUCUGACAUCAAAGGAAGGCAGAAGUUUAUGUAUGCACGAUUUGCUAAAUGCGGAACUGUGGACCUUCAAGUACAGAUACUGGCCAAACAACAAGAGCAGGAUGUAUGUACUUGAGAAUACUGGGAGUUAUGUCAGAACUCACAACCUUCGAGUAGGAGACUUCAUCAUGAUAUACCGAGAUGAUGAUAAGAACAGAUUUGUCAUCCGAGCAAAGAAGGCGGGAGAUGAUCAACUUGCUACUGUACCACUACAACUCGAUGAGCAUAUCUCUGACAUUCUGCCAAUACCAGAAAUUGAUGACUACAUGUCUCUCAUUCCAUCAGCAUCUGACAUCUCUGCCUUUCUACCACAAGCUGAUGAGAAUUAUGAGAUAUUCGAUGGGAUUCUGAACUCUCUGCCAGAGAUACCAGCAGCCAACGUGAGGUAUUCGGACUUCUUCGAUCCAUUUACUGACUGUAUGGACAUGUCAAAUCCCGGCCUGAAUGCCAACACCUCAGUCAACCUCACAACUCAUUUCCAUGACGAGAGGGCUGGGCUUUCCUUGUUUCCCAACUCAAAGUCUGGGCCUCUCAUGUGAGAUGCAGUAUAGCCCUACGUGAGGCUCAUAAUCACCAGCCUUGACGCCAUUGCUGUACAUCCAAAUAAUUGGUGUCCUCAUUUUGUAUGUAGUAUAUGCUUAACUGCAGCCGGUCGUUUAUGUGUAGAAGGCCUAAUUUUCUGUUUGAACUGAAGGUUUCAUCAGAUGUAAGGUUGUUUCAGCUCAGCGCACAAGUGUUGUUCUGA